UUCAAUAAAAUGUUGAUUUUGAUUUCUUUUUUGUAGUACAAAGAAAAAGUAAAAUUUUGAAAAGUUGUUUGAAAAUAAGUGAAAAAUAAAAUAUUUUACGCAGCAAGUAUCAAAAUAAAACAUCUUAUAAUUGGGAAAAAAACAAUUUAAUACAGUUUGCUGUGUUUGUUCGAUACUUAAUGGCUGAGCAAGCGAAAGAAAAUAAUAUUGAUGGUAUAAUUUUUAAUAGAAAAAAAAUGGACGGACAUAUUAGCAAUCAUAGUAAUAAUCACUCAGUGCAAAAUCCAGUCGAUCGCUUAAAAAUACUUUAUCCAAAUGUUAACGAACAAGAAACUCCACUGCCUCGCUCUUGGAGUCCUCAUGAUAAGUGCCAUGCUAUCGGAUUAUCACAAAAUAAUUUACGUGUUCAUUAUAAAGGUCCAGGAAAAACUCAUAGUGAUGCGGCUGCGGUACGAACAUCACAUCCCAUUCCAGCUGCUUGUGGUUUAUACUAUUUCGAAGUUAAAAUAAUAUCUAAGGGCAAAAAUGGAUAUAUGGGUAUAGGAUUGACUUCGCAAACAUUUAAAAUGAAUCGACUUCCAGGAUGGGAUAAAAAUUCAUAUGGAUAUCAUGGGGAUGAUGGCAACUCAUUUUGUUCGUCAGGCAGUGGACAACCUUAUGGCCCUACAUUUACAACUGGAGAUGUAAUAGGUUGUGGUGUAAAUUUAGUUAAUAAUACAUGCUUUUAUACAAAAAAUGGUAUAGAUCUUGGGAUAGCAUUUAGAGAUUUGCCGUCGAAACUUUAUCCAACUGUUGGUUUACAAACUCCCGGAGAAGAAGUGAAUGCAAACUUUGGACAAGAGCCAUUUAAAUUUGAUCAAAUUGAAGAUAUGAUUAAACAAAUGCGAGCCGAAACGAAAACAGCAAUAUAUAAUUUUCCAAUGCCAACAAGUCAAGGCGACUCAACUGUUUUAUUGCACAAAAUGGUCUCAUCAUAUUUAGUGCAUAGUGGGUACAGUUUAACUGCAGAGUCUUUUGCUAAAACCACCGGCCAAAGUUUUGGUGAAGAUCUAACUUCAAUAAAAAAUCGCCAAAAAAUUUUAAAAUUGGUGAUGUCGGGACGAAUGGGACAAGCAAUAGAACAUACCUGUCGCCUUUAUCCAGGAUUAUUAGAAAAUAAUAAAAAUUUAUUGUUCAUGUUAAAAUGCAGACAAUUUAUAGAAAUGGUGAACGGAUCAGAUAUUGAAUGCCCACCUGCCAAACCUAUUCCUAAUCAAACCUCAGUUAUACAGUCAACCAAAUCGUAUCAAAAUGGAUCUGCUACGCAGAAUAAUAAUAACAAUAAUAAUAAUAAUAAUAAUGUGAUAAACGAUUGCGUUCAAGAUAAUCAGCAAGAAAUAAAAAACAACAAUGACACAUCUCAAGAUUCAUCAAAAUGCAAUAAUUCAGAUCCGAGUAAUGACUUGACAACUUCAAAUAGCGAUUAUAUAAAUGAUAUUGAAAUGGAAAACGGACAUAUUUCUAAUGGAAAUUCAUAUAAAAAUGGCAAUACAGAAAAUAAUUUCGUCAAUUCUUUAGAUACUGAUGAAGAUAUGGAAAUAGAUGUACCGACAGCUAGAAAAGUUGGAUCUUUUGAAAGAAUAUUAGAAUUUGGCAGAGAAUUAUCACAAAUGGGACAACAAUUAGAAAAAGAUAACAAAAUGAAUGACGAUGAUCGUCAAAUGUUAGAAGAUGCAUUCAGUUUAAUAGCUUAUUCUAAUCCUUGGUCAAGUCCUUUAGGUUGGCAAUUAUGCCCUUCGAAAAGAGAAAAAGUUUGUUCAGCUCUUAACUCAGCCAUUUUAGAAUCAAUGAAUUACUCAUGGCGACCACCUUUAGAAAUAUGUGUAGCUCAUGCUCAUGAAUUACUUAGAUUAAUGGCAAAUAAUUCUUUAGGUGCAUGUGCGUUUGUUAAUAUUGAAGAUGUAUUUCCAAAAAAUUGACCACAUCCUUGCUUGUCAUCCAAGAUAUUUAUUGGUACUUUAAUAUAAAGGAGUAAAAAAAAAUUGUGUAAUGAAAGUUUUCUUAUUGAAAACCAUAUAUUUUUGUUUUCCUUUUUAAAUAAUGGUAAUUACAAAACGCAAAUUUAUUGUUUCCUUUUUUUUAAUAAUACAAUUUGGAAGUUUAAGUAAUUAAACAAGACUUGAUUGUACAUAAAUUGAAUAAAAAUUAAAAUAGUUUUUUUGAGAAUAUGUUAACGCAAAAAUUUUACUAACAUAAUAUGUAUAAAUUAUUUUUUGUAUAAUUUUAGAAUAGUUAACAUUUUAAAAUUGCGUUGUUUUAAAAAAAAUUAAUCGUUUAAAAAUCUGCAACUUUUUUUUUUGUUUAUUACAAUUGUUUUUAAAACAAAAUCAUGCAACUGAACUUUUAAAAACAUUAUGAAGGCAAAAAUACCAUAAAAAAGGCUAUUUUAGCGCGCAAUGUUAAAUACAACUAGCCCAUGAUUUUUUUUUUCAAUUUCCAUAUUAUAUUGAAUUAUCUACAUUAACUUAAGAUGAAUUUCAUUAAACAAAUUUAUAUUGUAAUAAUGUAGUUUUAAUAUUAUGACUGUUAACAAUUUUUAACAUCUAACAUUAUAUUUAAUACGGAAUUUUAAAAAUUUAAAAAUUAACAUAAAUUAUCAUGAACUAUCUUAUGUAUAUAUAAAUAGAAUUGCCAUUAUGGUAUAAGCUUAAAAUAAAAGCAACUCUACUAAAUAUUGCAUCAAUAUUCAUUAAGAAAUGAUUGAUUUCAAUAUAAUUAUGAAUUUUUAUGAAUUUUAACUCAAGAAGCUUACUUUUUUAUUUUUUUUUUAUAAAA